AUGGCGAUAGUUGAGGCCAACCUCACUCAAGCAAUCUCUCAGCAGUUUGCGGAACUCCGUGAGAUAAUUGCGGAUCUCGUCCAAACCGCCAUCGCCAAUAAGCAGCCGCAAAACUCAGCUUCCGGGACGGUCGAACCAAUGCCGCCGAAGGAGAUUGCAGCCACAUCGUUCUUCCCUGUCGCUGCUGUUUCACCAUCGGCACUGCUCUUGGCUGCAUCCAGCCCAUCUACCAUGAACGAGAAAGAUCGCCCCAAAGAGAGGGAAGAUGCGAAGAUGACUGUCGAGAUUCCACUUGAGCCGAAGCAAAUAGCUGCUCCAACAACUGUAGUGGGUUCGAUAUCUUCAGCCACGAUCAACACCGUCAAUAGCGAAGGGCAAUGGGAGCGUGAUGUUGGGAUUAGCUUCACCAAACAGGUCGCUAGCAAGCCAAACCCAGUUCUAUGGGGCUUUCCAACCGACAGAUGGAAGUUCAGGAAGAAGACACUAAGAUCCGACGAGGAAGAAUGGGUGGUUAUAGCGUCGUCCACUCCUUUUGCCUCGCCCUCGUCGUUACUAGUCAAUGCGACAGUCAAGGGCUGGGUGAUAAUGACAUACAUCAAAUGGUCGGCUCGCAGGGAGACGAUAUUGAAGACGUCAGCGGGAUCGCUCAGGACGUCGUCGAUAGGGAGAGCAAUGUUGGGCGGAUCGAGUUUGUCUUCCUGCGGCUUGGUGAGCAAUUGGCCGCCAAAGGAGUUUCCGGAAGAGGGAAAGAAGAAAGAUGGCAGUGGUGGUCACUCUCUCCCUUGUCAGCCACUAUGUUCCAUUCCAUUCCUCGAAGCUCAAUUGCAACAAAUUGGAGUGAGUAAGUUGGAAGCUCGAAGAGAGCAGCGGAGGAGACAACUGAUGGGUGAUCCUAGGCUAGCGCCGAUUGGUGAGGAGGCGAAAAUAAGGAAGAUGUCGAUGGAGGAUUUGAAGUCGGAGGGAGAGUCCGAUCGAGUGGUUCGCCGACUCACUUCGGCGAUCGGCGGGGAGAAGUUGAUGGCGGAAGGGAGCUCGUCUCGACGCCGUCGGGGGAAAAAGACCCCGCCGGAGAGCGAGAUGAAGAGGUCAUCGUCGGGGCUGAGAAUGGCGGCGAAGGCUGGGCUGCUUUCGGGGACAAUGAAGUUGCCGGAGGAAGCCGAGGAGAAGAUGGGGUCGUCGGGUGGAAGAACGUAG